AUGAAACCACCCUUGAAGCAAUGGAGACAACUAAUGCUUUGUGGGAUAUUUACUUGGGGGCUCCUCUUCCUGGUGAUUUUCAUUUACUUCACCGACAGCAACCCUGCUGAGCCCGUGCCCAGCUCCCUUGCCUUCCUGGAGACUAGGAGGCUCUUGCCCAUGCAGGGGAAGCAGAGGGUCAUCAUGGGUGCCAUGCAGGAGCCCUCCUGGCCUGAAAGUGUGAACACAAACAAGGGGCUGCUGGAGGGACACCCCAUGGGGCCUCGCGACCUGCAGAAAUGGGCCAAGUUGCCAGGGGUUGAAAAUGAAGAAGAGUUCUUUUUAUCUCAGAUUGGGAGAAAAUCCCAAAGUACCUUCUACCCAGAAGACGACGACUACUUUUUUGCUGCCGGUCAACCAGGGUCUCACAGCCACACUCAGGGGACACUGGAGUCCCUUGCCCCCAGGCACGCUGGCAGGUGGAAGGGGUGGUUGCCGGAGAGGAAAAGGCACCAGCCCCGGGGGAGCAGCCCCGCGCUGGAGGAGGGCGAGGAAGGAGACAGGCUGUACUCCUCCAUGUCCAGGGCCUUCCUGCACCGGCUCUGGAAGGGCACCGUCUCCUCCAAGAUGCUCAAUCCGCGCCUGCAGAAGGCCAUGAAGGACUACCUGGCGGCCAACAAGCACGGAGUGCGCUUCCGCGGGCGGCGCGCGGCCGGGCGGAGCCGGGCGGCCCUGCUGUGCGAGCUGCGGCGCCAGGUGCGCCUGCGCACGCUGGAUGGCACGGAGCCGCCCUUCUCCGCGCUGGGCUGGCGGGCGCUGGUGCCCCCUGUGCCCCUUGGCCAGCUGCACCCCAAAGGCCUGCGCUCCUGCGCUGUGGUCAUGUCUGCUGGCGCCAUCCUCAACUCCUCCUUGGGGGAGGAGAUAGAUUCUCAUGAUGCAGUCUUGAGAUUUAACGCGGCUCCCACCCGUGGCUAUGAGAGAGAUGUUGGGAAUAAAACCACUGUGCGCAUCAUUAAUUCCCAGAUUCUGACCAACCCCAACCAUCACUUCAUUGACAGUUCAUUAUAUAAAGAUGUCAUUUUGGUGGCCUGGGACCCUGCUCCUUAUUCUGCAAAUCUUGACCUGUGGUACAAGAAGCCAGAUUACAACCUGUUCACACCAUAUGUCCAGCAUCGUCAGAGGAACCCAGAGCAGCCCUUCUACAUUCUUCACCCUAAAUUUGUAUGGCAGCUUUGGGACAUCAUCCAGGAGAACACCAAGGAGAAGAUUCAGCCCAACCCACCAUCUUCUGGCUUCAUUGGAAUCCUCCUCAUGAUGUCCUUGUGCAGUGAGGUGCACGUGUACGAAUACCUCCCGUCCGUCAGGCAGACGGAGCUGUGCCACUACCACGAGCUGUACUACGACGCGGCCUGCACACUCGGGGCCUACCACCCCCUGCUCUACGAGAAGCUGCUGGUGCAGCGCCUGAACACUGGCGCCCAAGGGGACCUGCACCGCAAGGGCAAGGUGGUUCUGCCAGGGCUGCGGGCCGUGCACUGCCCCACCCCCAACUCUUGA